AUGGAUACUCUUUUUUGCCUCCUAUCGUUGCUCUGUGGCGUUGCUUCGGCGCAGAAUUCAUCCAACUCGUCAACGGAGUUUCCUCUUGACCCUUAUCUACAGUACCGGCCGCCCUUUUCUAGGUCUCUUCCAGUACAGAUCCUUCUCACUGGAGUUAUCCUCACCCUCGUCGCUGUCCUCUUCAUUCACCUCAUCUUCACCGCUCAAUACCAUUGGCCUCUUGCACCGGUCAACUAUGUUCUCCAGCUUUCAGGCGUUACAACCCUCCUCAUCUCCCUCAUUGCCACUAUCCACGUCGUUCUCUCUGCAGCUUGGGCAGAAAGCGAGAAAUGGCCUUACAUGCUUAGCUACAUUGCUGUCAACGUCCCUCCUGUUGACCUCGAUCUCAACACCGAUCUGUGGGGCGUUGCCGAGCGAGCAACAUGGCUCGUCAUGAAUGCCUCUACCUCUGGCUUGAUACAGAUUACUCACAUUCAAUUUCUUACCCUCCUAUAUCCUUCACGUCUUGAGGGACGGCUUAUUUUUACCCUACUCGGCCCCUUGGCUGUGGUGGCUGCUAUCAUGCAGCUUCUUCCCAUCAGUGGAAGCACUCAAGCGAACAGCAUCGCCUCGGCUGUUCGCAAUGUAUGUAACGCAACACUCUCCCUCCUCUUCACAAUUUCCCUUUUCAUUUGGGGUUUUCUCGUCAAUCGUCAACAAGCCUGGCGGACUGACGGAGGCACGGCCGCCUUUGGCUGCGCUGCACUUAGCCUCGCCCUCGUCAGUACUGCCCUCAACUUUCUGUAUGUGCAUAAAGAAGAUGAAUUUGUCUGGCUUCCUGGCCUCAUGUGGGCUGUCGUCCUUUGGCAAAGCUUCCUCGGAUGGUGGUGGUGGGUUGGGGCGGGUAGUGGUAGUGGGCUGGUGGGGGAAGAUCAACUGCGAGAGAAACUCAGAAGGGAAGCGAAACGAGAGUCACGGAGAAGAAAGGCGAAAGACAGGCGCGCAUCAUCAAAAGAUACUUCAAAGAAUCUCUGGAAAGGUGUCACGAAAGCCUUUGGCCAUCGAGAAGGUUCAACCUCUGCCCAGUCUCGUUUGCUUACUGAUACAAGAUCACAUUCUUCGGAUCCGGCCCCUCUUGUGCCUCCCAAUUCCUCCGUGUCGCAAUCCGCCCCAUCCGCAACCCACUCCGGCGCCGCCCACUCAACCACCUCCGAUUUUACCUUAACGUCCUUGGCCACCAUUCCUCGUGCCCUCCCUGCCUUCAUGCGCCGCUGGUACGCAUCUCUUCGCCGGGAACACGUCGCGGCGGCUCGUCAACAAGCAGCGGAGCGCGUAGAGCGCCUUAGAGAACUCGAGCGCAACGGUGCUGUGGACCCCCGUAGUCAAGCAUCUGGCUGGGGUCUUGGUAGCUUUGGUUGGCGACUCGGAAGGGAGGAGCGAAGCAGAAGUCGGAAUGUUGGUCAGCAACACUUGAACCAGAGUCAAAAACAUCACGACCUUGAAUUGUACGAAAAAAGUGAAUGGCGACGGAAGCGGAUACCCAACGAUGGUGAUGAAGGUGAAGAUUAUGAAGGACACGGGAUACAUGGCGAAUAUCCCGUUCCAUCUGCAGGCCCUACAAUCCCACCCCUUCCUCGCCAUCCUGCAGAGAAACCGGGAUCUCUGUGGUGGUGGGGUCCCCUAUGGCGGUGGAGAUUGAAAGACUCGACGGUGUAUUGA